AUGAGGCUUGCGUUCCCGCGGCGAUACCUCUUGUUCCUUGCAGUGCUCCCCUUGGGUGCCCUCGCGUCGGUGCAGUUUGUCCAACCCGUCGCGGGAGCAGUGCUGAAGGGGGGAGAGACAAUCAACUUGCAAUGGAAAUACAGCAAGAGCCCAGAGCAGCUGGAAUCCAACCAGUUUAACCUGCAUCUCUGUGCAGGUGGUAAUGAUGCUGACACUUUUGAGACAUUAAUGUCGCUCGUUCAGCAAGGUGCUAUUGAAGAGAUUACUUCAUUAUCUACUGUUAUCGAUCCCAAGUUGGGCGGAGAGCUUCCAAACGCGUAG